CGGUCUUUAUCUUAUAGCAGUAGUUUAGCGUCACACGACCAUAUUCAUGUAACCUUGGUUUGCGCCGUUGUUCGCCGCCCUCGUGUGAGACGCUCUUUGUCUAUAUUGUCGAUCUUGAACUGACUCUGCACAGUUGUGGAAUACAGCUUUCGGAAGUAUAAAAAGCGUAUCAAGCAAGUAUUCAGCAAGAGCACGUCUACUACAUGGUGGCAGCGGUUUCUCAGAUCUGACACAUCACCUGAGGCAGAUGUUGAAGAACGCCAUCGUCGAGUGGUCUCCAAAAGCCUGCAAGGACUUCCAGACACUAAAGGACAUCAUCUCCUCAGAUGCAGUACUGGCAUACUACGACCCGUCGAGACCGGUAACGCUUGAAGUUGAUGCUUCCGGUGUGGCGCUGGGCGCAGUGCUGUUGCAGGAUGGCCAGCCAGUCGCGUUCGGCUCGAAAGCACUAAGCGAUACUGAGACGAGGUACGCCAAUAUCGAACGGGAGAUGCUUGCAGUGGUGUUCGGGUGCGAAAAAUUCAGAACAUAUCUGUUCGAACGCACAUUCGAGGUCAUAUCUGAUCACAAACCCCUAGAGAUGAUACUGCAGAAGAGCAUAGCUCGCGCCCCCGCGCGCCUGCAGCGGAUGCUUCUCCGCAUCGAAAACUACACGUUUACCCUGAAGUACCGGAAGGGUGACACAAUGUAUGUGUCUGACGCGCUAUCCAGACUUCCCACAGAACGACCAAGUCCGACGACUACUCUUCAGCUGGACGUCUGCAUCGGCCUGGUGCAGUUCACCCCAUCACGCCUGGAGGAGCUGCGAGAAGAAACCCGCCGAGACGAGACGCUGCACCAGCUGAAGAAGGUCAUCCUGAGCGGGUGGCCAGCAAGACGCUGCGAAGCCCACCCAGCGGUCAAACCGUUCUGGUCGGUCCGAGACGCCCUGGUGAUCGACGAUGGACUGGUCAUCAAGGGCACCGCCGUGGUCAUCCCGGAUCAGCUUCAGCAGUGGUACGUCGAAAGACUACAUGAAGGACAUCAAGGCCGUGUGAAGAUGGAACUGCGAGCCAGAGACUCAAUCUUCUGGCCAACGCUGAAGAAGGACGUGGAGGCGCGCGUCGCUGCCUGCCUGCCCUGCCAGGCAUCACGUCCCGCUGCAAGUGCAAGCACAAUCGAAGCUGAGCACCAGCACCCAGUUCCCCCCGGUCCCUGGACCGAUGUCAGCACGGACCUGUUUUACAGCAAUGGGAGGCACUUUAUCAUCAUAGUGGACCACUACUCCAAGUUCCCAUUCGUCUACGAGCUGACGAGCACGACCAGCACGCAAGUGAUCAAGGUCAUGAUGCAGCUGUUCGCUGAACAUGGAUCACCGAGCACUGUGUACUCUGACAACGGCCCCCAGUACAGUUCGAAAGAGUUCAGGACAUUCAGCGAGAUGUUCGGGUUCAAACACGUGACAUCGUCCCCGCAUCACCCGCAGAGCAACGGCAUCGCGGAGCGUCAUGUGAAAACCGUGAAAAGCCUGCUGCAGAAGUGCGCUGGGAACUACACCAAGUUCCAGAUCGGUCUCCGCACCCUGAGGGCCACUCCGAUUGACAGCGUUCUCCCGUCACCCGCAGAGCUGCUGUUCGGUCGCAGAAUCGAUCAGCUUCCUCAUCGACACAUGGAGAGCCAGGAAACGACGAACCACCGAAACCGUCUGGAGUACCGCCAGCAACAGCAGCGCGACAGCCACAACGCACGCGUCGGGCAACGCCGCCCUGAGCCGAUGCUGCUUCCUGGUGACGCGGUAUUCAUCAGAAACAAGGCGACGAGCACGUGGGAACAGGGAACCAUCAAAGCGGAACACGAGGCACCGUCGUCCUACAUGGUUCAGCGCGGGUCCCGCCCGCUAUCCAGAGCGAGCAGCACGUCCUCGGUGGACACGGACGACGACGCCCCGCGGCCCGUGAGGCGGACCGCCCAGGACAUUCGUCCGGAUCCUAGCGCUGCGCGUACCCGAUCCGGCCGAGUGACGCGAGCGCCUAUCCGUUUGGACUUGUGAGCGUUCGUGAGAAGGGGGAUGUGAUAGUUUAUCUUACAGCAGUAGUUUAGCGGUCUUUAUCUUAUAGCAGUAGUUUAGCGUCACACGACCAUAUUCAUGUAACCUUGGUUUGCGCCGUUGUUCGCCGCCCUCGUGUGAGACGCUCUUUGUCUA